AUGGAUGAAAAUAAUGUAGAAAAUAUUCGUGUUACUAUUGGAGAAAUUAAUCUGAUAUACAGAGCUGGUGUUAAUAUUGGUUUUGGGGGAUUUGCUCUGAUUUAUCACGCAUAUAUACCGGCUGAACGCAAAUGUGUAGCAUUGAAAAUAUCACAACGAAAUGGGAGUAUUCAGGCGAUAAGAAGAGAAGCUGCCAUUCUGGAAUACGUUAAUGAAUCUGUUGAUGAUGAUGAUAGAAGCCAUAUAAUAAAAUUGCUUGGAUAUAAGGAAAUGGUAGAUAGACAACAACGAGAGACUUUAUAUUUAGUUAUGGAAUUCGGAGGAAUGAAUUUGGGAGAUUAUUUUAAUGAACGAAUUAAAAAAAUACGAGAUGAAGGAAAAAUUGUGCUUACAAAAAUUAUUAGGGGAGCGGCACUAGCACUUGAACAAUUCCAUAAAUGUAUGAAUAUUUAA